AUGAUUAAUGAUCACACUAAUGAAAUCAGAAAAAUUAUUGAAAAACAAACUGCUAUCUCUGAGGUGAAAACCAUCAAUUAUGCUGUUCUCCCUCCUAUAGGCUCGGCUGUACAACGUUCUACUGCUGCUAGAAAACCUCCUUCUCCUCCUUUGACAAGAAACCAGACAUCGUUAUUGCCAAACGAAGAUUUUGAUCGAAUGAGUUUAUUGGCAGCUCGUCGGUCUACUCCUCUCAUCAGAAAUACCUCGGUGCCUCUGUUGAACCUUCAUGAAUUACCUGAAGAUGAACUUCUAACCACACGACCACCCGAAAGCUCAUUUCGUCAUGAUCCUGUAUUCUCGUCUUCAACAAAGAAAAUGUCCAGAAUUAAUGAUGUAAUGCUGUCUGCUCAUGACACAAACGGUUCUGCUGAGAAUGAUGAUGUAGAAAAGAUAAAAGCAGUCAAGAAAACGUUUGCUAAAAUUCCUAAUUCAAUGCCAGAUUUAGACGGGUUACAUAAUGCUUGUGAAGUCAUGUCGGAGAAUCGAUUGACUAAGAUUUUAGAAGCUUGCCGAUUGUAUGAUCGAGAGAGUAGGGGUUACCUGAAUGCUCCAACCAUCGUGAAAUGUAUAGGAGAAGUAAUUCCGAGUUCUCAUUCACGAACAUCUCCUUAUAGAGAUUUACUUGAUUAUAUGUCUCCUAAUGGAGAGCUUAUCAAUUAUGCUAACUUAUUAGAUUUAUUCCAAAAAGAACUAGCUCUUCAUUCUACUCAGAACUUCGAAUUAAUACUGCCUGAACUCCUUCAAAAACCCAUAAACUGGAAACUUUUUCGUUUGCCUCUGUCUCCUUCACCUAGUCAAGAAGCUAAAGAGCGAGGAAGAGCAGAGGUAAUGGUGGAGAUUGAAGUGCUUCUAAUGCGACAUCCUGAAUUUGAUUUGAACAGAAUCAAGAUGGCUACGACCAAAUCUGAAAUCGAACGAACGGAAAUGCUGAUGAUUCUUGAGUUAUACGGUUAUAAACAAUAUUUUGAGCCUUUCAUACAAAGAUUAUAUAACAGCUUCUCCACACGCGAUGACAAGUUCCACUUUUCUGCCUUUGUGGGAUGUUUGGAUAACAUAAAGCCUUAUAGGAUUACGGGUGCGCGAGAGGAAGCGCUUGAAGAACCUCCAUGGUUAUCAAAACCUCUCCAGAAGUUAUCAAAACCAGAAACUUGA